CUGCUAACCAUGUUUCUCCUGACCUCUGUUGAAAGAUCCGAACUGAAUAAUAAUAUUCUCUCGGGUCUACCCAAACACCCUACCCGCUUUGAUGGACUGGAUUCCGUGUCCGUGCUGGGGAACUAACGGCCAUGAUGAAAACGCCGGAGAGGUGGCGGAUCGUGAUCCUGUGCUUCUAGUUUCUGGUAUUGGAGGCUCGAUUCUGCAUUCAAAGAAAAAGGAUUCCAAGUCUCAAAUCCGGGUUUGGGUCCGGAUAUUUUUGGCCAACCUUGCCUUUAAGCAGAGCGUCUGGUCUCUCUAUAAUCCCAAAACUGGUUAUACAGAGCCAUUGGAUGAGAAUAUUGAAAUCGUGAUCCCUGGUGAUGACCAUGGACUCUAUGCAAUUGACAUUCUAGAUCCCUCCUGGUUUGUGAAGCUUUUUCACUUGACGGAGGUUUACCACUUCCACGAUAUGAUAGAAAUGUUGGUUGGAUGCGGUUAUAAGAAGGGGACUACGUUAUUCGGAUAUGGUUACGAUUUCCGCCAAAGCAAUAGGAUCGAUCUACUUAUACUAGGUCUGAAAAAGAAACUAGAAACUGCAUAUAAAUGUUCAGGGGGCCGAAAAAUCACUAUCAUAUCCCAUUCAAUGGGAGGACUUAUGGUUUCAUGUUUCAUGUGUCUUCAUCCGGAGGCUUUUUCCAAGUAUGUAAGUAAAUGGAUUACAAUUGCAACGCCUUUCCAAGGAGCACCAGGGUGCAUUAAUGAUUCACUCUUGACUGGAGUGCAAUUUGUGGAAGGGUUAGAAAGUUUUUUUUUUGUGUCACGGUGGACGAUGCACCAACUGUUGGUUGAGUGCCCAUCUAUAUAUGAGAUGAUGGGAAAUCCUAAUUUUAAGUGGAAAAAGCAACCAGAGAUUCGAGUUUGGCGUAAGAAGAUAUCUGAAAACGACGAUGAUACUUCUGCAGAACUGGAAUCUUUUGGCCUAAUCGAGAGUAUUGAUCUAUUCAACAGUGCACUGAAAAAUAACGAGGUAUGAAAUCAACGCACUCAGCUUUUG